UAUUAUUCUCUGGCUGCUGCAUUUUAUCAUUCCGCUUGUCCAAACCACACACAGCCACCCAGACCACAUCGGCAUCCACAAAUUCAUAAGCCCAAAAGAACUUUACCUUCUUUCUUCCACAGCCCUUUCUGUAAAUCUUCCAUUUCUUUCACAUUUCCCUAGAUGGCGGGGAACCCGAUCCGUUUCGGCAUCGUCGGCUGCGCCGAGAUUGCCAGAAAAGUAGCCAGAGCCAUAAAUUCAGCACCCAACUCCACCGUCUCCGCCGUUGCCAGCCGAUCACUUGACAAGGCCUUGAACUUCGCCGCCGUCAAUGGCUUGCCGGAUACUGUCAAGGUGUACGGAGGAUACGAUCAGAUUCUCGACGACCCUUGUGUGGAUGCCGUGUACAUGCCACUGCCGACCAGUCUUCACCAGCGGUGGGCAAUUUUGGCUGCUGAGAAGAAGAAGCAUAUUCUCUUGGAGAAACCCACGGCGCUGGACGUUGAAGAGCUUGAUAAGAUUCUUGAUGCCUGUGAGUCGAACGGUGUCCAGUUCAUGGAUGGAUCUAUGUGGCUGCAUCACCCUAGAACUGCCAAAAUGAAGGAGAUUAUCUCUGAUACUAAGCUUUUUGGCCAUGUUAACUAUAUUCACAGCACAUCAACAACAUCAGGAACAAAACAAUUUCUUGAGGAAAAUAUAAGAGUGAAACCGGACCUGGAUGCCUUGGGUGCAUUGGGAGACUUGGCCUGGUACUGCAUAGGAGCCCUUUUGUGGGCGAAGGACUACAAAUUGCCAACACAAGUCCAUGCGCUACCAGAUGUUACCAAGAAUUCAGCAGGUGUUAUCUUGUCCUGCACAGCCUCCCUUCAAUGGGGUAAAUCAUCAAACGAAACAUUUGCAACAAUUCAUUGCUCUUUCCUAUCUCAUACCUCCAUGGACAUAGCCAUAUCUGGUGCCUGUGGAUCGCUGAACGUUUACGACUUCAUCAUCCCUUACCAAGAGACUUCAGCAUCAUUUGAGUUCACCUCAGGAGCAAAGUUUGCAGAACUCCAUAUUGGAUGGAACACAAGACCUGAAGAAGUUGAGGUGGUUAAUGAGCUACCACAAGAGGCUCUGAUGGUUGCAGAGUUCGCCAGGCUUGUAGGGGCCAUAAAAACAACAGGGUCUCGUCCUGAUAGCAAGUGGCCACAGAUAAGCAGGAAGACACAGCUAGUGAUGGAUGCUGUAAAAAAAUCCAUUGAUAGUGAUUGUAAACCAGUGUAUUUGUAGUUCUAUUUUUGACAAUCAACAAGCUUAUUGUAUAAACAACAUCUACAUAAACGCUAAUGUUAUCAAGGAAAGGUCUUUGGGUGAAAUGGAUAUAUCUACCUCGGAAA